GCGCUAUAAAGUAGCAUGAAAGUAGCGCCUCUAAUAAUGCGAAUGUUUUCAGAUUUAAAGUAUUCUCAGUGACCCAAGCAGAAGACAAAAAAAGUAAAAUUAAAUGGGAAUUAUAGCGCAUUCGUCUCUUCGUUUGUAUAUCUGUGGCGCGUUUUGGUUCAUACGCGGUUCAACAAACACCCAAUGUGGCGCUUGAGUUUGGAAGGUUAUGGAUUAAAGCUUCGGGGUGUGGCAUCAUAUUGUGUUUUAUAAAAUAAAUAGAAUAUUGUAUGCUCUUGUGAUGACGGGUGAAUUCAUUUUCUAAACGUAACGAAUGUGAAGUAUCUCCUUUCAACGGUGCGUGCGAUGCCUACAACAUUUCAACCACCGCUUGAAAUUUGUUUUUCGAGAAAAUUUUUUAAAUGUAUUUACAACGAUAUCACGUUUUUGGUGCUUUACUCUGAAAUUUGUGUUGUUUGAAUGAAAAAAUAUAAAUUCAAAAAUGUUUAUCAUAUUUUUCAAUUAAUUUGCAUAUUGAUGCAUAUUUAUGUGUAACGUUGACACAAGGUAGUUGAUUGUUGCUUGAUAGGAUACGGUCCAUGAAAUCACGUGUAUUAAAAUCUACGUGGGAUGUUGGGCGCUAUCACCCCCACGAACCCCCACGAGUAUACCGAAAUGUCUCGGUUAGCCGACUACUUUGUUGUGGUCGGCUACGACCACGAAAAAGAGAGAGGGGGUAUAAGUAAUGGAAUCAUUUUACAAAGGUUUCCAGAAAAGGAUUGGCCAGAUACACCAUUUAUAGAAGGAAUAGAAUGGUUUUGUCAACCACAGGGAUGGGCUUUAUCUACAGAAAGACAAGAACCACGAUUUUUUGUAUCUAUUUUAACUGAUAUUGAUGCAAAUCGUCAUUAUUGUGCUUGUAUGUGUUUCAAUGAAACAGUGUCUAUAUUGCCAAGUAAGCCUGUAGAUGAAGAAGAAGAUCCUGUAGAUGGUGAUAGUCGUUCCUUGGUUAGAACAAUACCCACAAUAGCACAUCACAGCAUUAUGUAUGCACCUAAAUGUCUGGUGCUGGUUUCCAGACUUGAUUACAUUGAAACUUUCAGAAAUUGCCUUGGUAUUAUAUACACAGUAUAUGUAGAAAAUCUCGGAAUACCAUUAGAAACUUUGGUAGGAAACAUAUUAGGUUGUAUACAAGUACCACCUGCUGGUGGACCACAAGUAAGAUUUAGCAUUGGUGCAGGUGAUCGUCAAGCACUUCAGCCUCCAAUUAGUCCUUCCCUUCCAAUAACACACAGUAGUGUAAAUCUUUUAUUUCAACAACUAGGAAUUCGUAAUGUACUAGUAUUGUUCUGUGCUGUUAUGACAGAACAUAAAAUACUUUUUCAUUCUGCAAGUUAUUCACGAUUAACUGAAGGAUGUCGUGCGCUUACUGCACUAAUGUAUCCAUUUAGAUACACGCAUGUUUACAUUCCUCUUCUACCAGCAGCUUUAGUUGAAGUACUCAGUACACCUACUCCAUUUAUCAUGGGUGUACAUAGUUCAUUGAAACAUGAAGUUGCAGAACUUAUGGAUGUAAUAGUCGCUGAUUUGGAUGGAGGUUCUAUUAUGGUUCCAGAUGGAGUAGCACUUCCAUUACUUCCAGAACCACUUCUAUCACAAACACAAGAUGCAUUAUCUUUAGUAUUACAACCAGAAUUAGCUUGUGCAGAUUAUGCUUUUCCACCACUUGCAACAAGAGCUCCUCACUCUCCUAUGUUAGAUAAAGAAUUACGGGCAGUUUUUAUGAGAACUUUUGCUCAAUUAUUGCAAGGAUAUAGGAGCUGCCUGACAUUAAUAAGAAUUCAUCCAAAGCCUGUCAUAACAUUUCAUAAGGCAGCUUUUCUUGGAGAACGUGGCUUAACGGAUUGUGACUUUACAACCAGAGUUCUGGAUUGCAUGUUUUUUACUUCCUUUAUUGCAGAAAGGGGACCACCGUGGAGGCCUUGUGAUGUGUGGGAUGAAUUGUAUAAUAAUUUAAGUGAUCAGUUAAAACAAGAAGCACAAGAUCAUAGGCUUAUUUUAACACAUAUUCAAGAAUUAGCACAACAAUUGUACACAAAUGAAAAUCCAAAUCCUCAACCAUAUGUACAAAAAAUUUUAAAACCACCUGAAGGAGCAUUUGCUAGGAUACAUCAGCCGCUUUUACCGCGCAUUAAUCCAGAACAAGUUCAAGCAAUUAUAGAUGAGGGUCUUGCCAAAAAUAAUCUUAAAGUUAGAUUAUCGUCAUUAAGGCCAUCACAGCCUCGUAUUGUACCUAUGGGUCCACAUAUUUCAUUUGUUCAUGAUACUAGACAUUUGGUUAGCAAUUCUGCACGUAGACUGGAAGUUCUGCGUAACUGUAUAAAUUGUAUAUUUGAGAAUAAAAUAUCUGAUGCCCGUAAAACGUUCCCAGCUGUUUUAAGAGCUUUGAAAAGCAAAGCUGCUCGUUUAGCGCUUUGCAUGGAAUUAUCACAGCAUGUUGUUGGAAACAAAGCCAUGCUAGAACAUCAACAAUUUGAUCUUGUAGUCCGGUUAAUGAAUUGUGCAUUGCAAGAUGAUUCAUCCAUGGAUGAGCAUGGAGUUGCUGCUGCACUUCUUCCCCUUGCUACAGCAUUUUGUAGAAAACUUUGCACAGGAGUAAUUCAAUUUGCUUACACCUGUAUUCAAGAACAUCCUGUAUGGCAAAAUCAACAAUUUUGGGAAGAUGCUUUUUAUUUGGACGUUCAAAAAGAUAUUAAACGUUUAUAUCUCCCUGGUGAAAAUUCUCCACCACGGCUUAUAAAUGAUGGUAUCUUAAGUCCUAUUAGUCCACGUGAUGGCAAGGAAUUUCCAUUUCGCGAUCGGUAUUCAAUUUAUCAAAUUCAAGAACCAUCGGCUCUUGAAAUAGCUGCUGAACAAAUGAGGAUUUGGCCAACAAUAGAUCCAGAGAAACAAAAGGAACUUACUGCAAGUGAAGAAAGUACCAUGUAUAGUCAAGCAAUUCAUUAUGCAAAUAGGAUGGUUUAUUUAUUGGUUCCGUUAGAUAUAGGGGCAAAGACUCAUCGUCAAGAUAAUAUUUAUGAUGAUGAAAGAGCAAGUAAUAGUAUUACAAAUAGUGUAGCAAGCGAUAGUGGUGAUGCAGAGUCUGGUUUUGAAGAAACUGAUCCCGGAGAAACUGGUAGUGCUGUUAUUCGAAUGGUGUCACGAUUUGUAGAUCGUGUUUGUACUGAAGGAGGUGUAAGUGCUGAACAUGUUAGAUGCCUACAUCAAAUGGUUCCUGGUGUUGUUCAUAUGCAUAUUGAAACUCUUGAAGCUAUACAUAGAGAAAGCAAAAGAUUACCUCCUAUUCAGAAACCUAAAAUUUUGACACCUAAUAUGUUACCUGGUGAAGAAGUUAUUAUGGAUGGUUUGCGUGUUUAUCUUUUACCAGAUGGGAGGGAAGAGAGUUCUGCAGGGUUACCAAAGAUACCACCACUCUUACCAGCAGAAGGCGCAAUUUUCCUUACUAAUUAUAGAAUUGUAUUUAAAGGAAUACCUUGUGAUCCAUUUGCUUGUGAACAAUUAGUAGUUCGUGCUUUUCCUGUAACAUCCUUAACUAAAGAGAAACGAGUUGCGGUGCAACAUUUAGCACAUUUAGAUCAAUGUUUACAAGAAGGUCUUCAGUUGCGAUCAUGUACUUUUCAAUUGAUAAAGUUAGCCUUCGAUGAAGAAGUUACACCUGAGAAUAUUGAGACUUUAAGAAAAUUAGUUCAUAAAGCUCGGUAUCCACCACACAUUUUUCAUCAUUUUGCUUUCAAUGGACAAGUAUUAGUUACUCAGACUGCACAUCACAAAGGAAAAGAAAAGAAUGCUACUCUUAAAGGGUUUGCUAAGAAAACACUUUUAAAGACUGCACGUAAAGCUGGUUUUAAACCAAAGCAGUCAUCUAAAAGACAAAAAUACGUCUUGCCAAAUAUGAACAUGAUUACUAAUAAUAAGUACAUGACAUCACCUGGUCGAAUGAGUUUACCAGUUACAGAUAAUAAUGAUUUAAGUCAUGAUGACGAUCUUAGUGUAGAUGAUUUUGAAAUUCCUGGUAUUGUAACUCAACCACCAACUGAUGCUAAAACCUUAGAACGAUUAUCGGAACGUAGUUAUGUCAGAGAUUGGUAUCGAUUAGGAUUGUAUUCAAAUGGGCCACACAAUAAUCGUAGAAAUGAACCAUUUCGAUUAUCUUCUGUGAAUUGUGCCUAUAUGAUUUGCAGAAGUUAUCCUGCACUUCUUAUAGUUCCCUCAUCAGUAUCAGAUGAAAGUAUUCGUAGAUUCUGUCGACUUUAUAGACAUAAUAGAAUACCUGCUGUCACAUGGAGGCACCCAAGAACAAAAGCACUUUUAAUUAGAGGUGCUGGUUAUCAUGGGAAAGGUGUCAUGGGUAUGCUGAAAGCUCAUCCAGCAUCUGCUGGUAAUUUAAAAGCAACAUCAUCAGAAACCACAUCAUCUUUAGAGCAAGAAAAAUAUAUUAUGGCUCUUGUAGCUGCUACUCCGUUAUCUGCGCUAAGACAAGGUUCUGCAUGGGGAAUGUCUGAUAGUUCUCUUAGUAUUGAUUCUUUAUUGUUAGCUGCUGAAGAUCGCAAUGCUACACCCGAACAAUCACGACGAAAUCCAUUUAAUAAAGCUAUUGGAACAUUAAGUUCAUCAGGAGGUAAAGGACCUAAGAAUUUUGGUCGUUGGGGUUCAUUAAAAGAUAAGAGACAUAAUUCCCAAGUCUCUUUAACUUCAGUUCAUCAACGUGGAACUGUUAGACAUUCUGCAGAUUCAGACAGUGGUACUGAAUGCGUUCAUACUUUCCAACGUGCUGCAUUAUAUAUUCUUGGUGAAAAAGCUCAUAUGAAAGGUGUUAAAGCGGAAUCAGCACCAAAAACAGACUUUAUCCCAGUGGAAUAUUACGAUGUAAGACAUACCAAAGCUGCAUUUAAGAAACUUAUGCGAGCAUGUGUUCCUAGCUCUCCAAAUGUAGAACCUGACCAAAGUUUUUAUAAAUUAAUUGAAAGUUCAGAAUGGUUACAACAACUUCAAAAUUUAAUGCAAUUAGCUGGUGCUGUAAUAGAUUUAAUGGAUGUUCAAGGCUCAUCAGUAGCUGUUUGUUUAGAGGAAGGUUGGGAUACCACAGCAACAGUGUGUUCUGUUGCUCAAGUAUGUCUUGACCCACACUAUAGAACUAUCGAGGGUUUUCGAACUUUAAUCGAGAAGGAAUGGCUUGGAUUCGGACAUAGAUUUGGGCACAGAAGUAAUCUUGCAGCAAAUUCUCAAACAACAAAUUUUACGCCCACUUUUCUUCAAUUUCUUGAUAUAGUGCAUCAAAUUCAAAAGCAAUUUCCAUUAGCAUUUGAAUUCAACGAAUAUUACCUAAAAUUCUUAGCAUAUCAUUCGGUUUCUUGCCGUUUUCGUACAUUUUUAUUGGACUGCGAAUUCGAUAGAGUGGAAUGUGGCAUUACUGCUGUUGAAGACAAAAGGGGAUCAUUGACAAGUCAUCAUAAAGGUGUAGAUACAGGUAGUGAUGACGAAACAAUUUAUCCUGGAGGUAGAUUAGCAGGGACAAAUACAGGAUGCAAUCUCGGUCAAAGCAUAUUUGAUUACAUCGAAAAACAACACGCACGGUGUCCCUUGUUUUAUAAUUUCAUGUAUACUCCCAAUACUGAAAACAUGGUAUUAAGACCCGUAUCGCAUUUGCCAAAUCUUGAUAUUUGGCAAUAUUAUUUAGAAGAAGAACUGGCUCAUGGACCUGCAUAUGACUUAGAAGUAUUACAACAAGAUUCCCAACAAGAAGAAGAAGCAGAAGCUGCUGAUGGUGUAGUUAAAAGUAAUCGCAAAGUAGUUACACAAGGGUAUGAUGGUGUAAGUUCAAUGGUACCCGAUCAAUUUUCUCAUCUUUUAGAAGAGAUACAUAGAUUAGAAACUGAAUUGGGUCAUUUACCUCAAAAAUGGAAAGUUCUUUGGGACAAACUUGAACUGCCAAAUACAGAUUCACUUGCUAGACACGCAUCAUUUAGCACUGCAUUAGUCAGAUAUCACGGUCGAUUGAUUCAUAAACGUUCUACAUUAGAACUACUUUUAAGAGGCAAACUUGCUAGUGGAAGUACUUCUGGAAAUGAUGGUUCCGUUUAUGCACAUCCCCAUAGGUUUGAACGAUUAGAUUCAGCUACACCAACUCACUGUGAUGCUUGUUCUGGCGUAUUGUGGGGGCCAGUAAAAGCUGGUUUACGAUGUGUAGACUGUGGCCAUGUAUGUCAUGACAAGUGUGCUGAUGCAGUACCAAAAAAUUGUACAAAAUAUAAGGCAGUAACUGAUAAUUUACAAACACAUACACUUACGCGAAGUGGUGGUGAUAAUGGAAGCGUAAAUUCAAGUGUUACUACAAUACAAACCUCUUCACAACAAUAUUACGAACAAUUCUCUAGUAAUGUUGCUGAAAAUAGAACUCAUGAAGGUUACCUUUAUAAACGAGGUGCUUUGCUUAAAGGCUGGAAACAGAGGUGGUUCGUAUUAGAUUCUAUAAAACAUCAACUAAGGUAUUAUGAUGCCAUGGAAGAUUCUCAUUGUAAAGGAUAUAUAGAUCUAGCUGAAGUAGUUUCUGUAACUCCAGCUCAACCAAUGCCAGGGCCACCAAAGAAAACAGAUGAUAAAUCAUUCUUUGAUCUUCGUACAAACAGACGAACAUAUAACUUUUGUGCUGGCGACGCAGCAACUGCGCAAGAAUGGAUUGAGAAAGUCCAAGCGUGCUUACAAUAGCUUGAUUAUAACUCUAAUUUAAAUUGUGCAAGUGACUGAUAGAUUAAAACAGAUUUUAAUUUUGUUACAUACAAUUGUAUAGUCUAAUAGUACGUAUUAUAGACUGCAGUAAUUUGCUUUAAAUAUUUUGAAUCCAACAAUCGUUGGAAUGAACAGUAUCAUAAAUUGAAUGUGAUGUACUCAUAUCCUUGACAUAGCAUUAUUAUAUAAAUGUAUAUUGUAACUAUAUAUAAUUACGUUAAGUUUUAAUUAUUUCAGCUGGAAGAUAAAAGAUCAUAACAUACUCAAUUAAACGUUACAUUUUUUAUUUUGUUUAUUAUGUUUUUAAUUUUAGAUGGAUAUAUAUAGAACAGAAAAUAUGUUAAAAUAUUAGAUGAAGUACCUAUUCUGCGAAUUAUUGUUAGUAUAAUUACAGUUAUAAUUGGAAAAGUUACGACCUUGCUUGUUAAAGAAUAGAACGCGAAUUAAAAUAAGGGCAUGUUUUUUUUU